CUACGCGGUGAGAUACGAAAACAUAACUCUCCGUCUCCUUCAAAACAAAUUCUCUUCUUUUUUCUUUUUUAUCUUCCCUAAAUUCCCUCUCCAGCAAUCCCAAAUCGAAUCCAAAACAACAAUCACGAGGAGGUCAAAUGAUUCAAUCGAGUUUCCUUCACAACUCUCUCCCUCUGCAUUCAAACUAACCGAGUCUCGAAGGAUAUGAUGCAUCAGCUGUCUAUAAUAUCUGAGGGUGUUGGAGUCAAGUAGAAGGGAAUGGGAGGCUGCUGCUGUUGUUCUUCCACGCGAGCUGAAUUGAACUACCCAGCUGGAUCCUAUUAUUACCCUAGGGCAUUGGCAGAACGUGUUCCCUUGUCAUCUCCCCAUGUUGCACCAUCUGAACUCUCUACGGGGUUAUUGGUUGAUACAAAUCUGGACACAUCUAUUCCUGAUGCUUACAGACCACCACCGAUACCUAUGCCAUUUGAUGCAGCUCAUGGGCCUCCUCAAGCUCCAGCUGCAGCUCAAGAAAUGGAGAGAGAUGCAUCAGUGCAAACAACAAUUUCUGAUCGCCUUCAGGAGUCGGUCGGUGGUAUUGCCGUAGAUACAUCUCAGAAGUGUGAAGAUGUGAAGCAAUCAAACAAAGGCGAGAUAAGUUAUGAUAUUGAAUCAUUGAAUGGGGAAGAAGUUGAGCUUUCAAAGUCAGCUACACCCAUUUCUGCAGUGGAAGAGGAGGAUGCUUGUCCUAUCUGUUUGGAUGAGUAUGAUGCGGAGAAUCCCAAACUUACCACAACAUGUGAGCAUCAUUUUCACCUUGCGUGCAUUCUUGAAUGGAUGGAAAGAAGUGAUUCAUGUCCCGUAUGUGAUAAGGAACUGAUGUUUGACCCGCCAAUUGAUUGGUAACAAACAUCCAGGAAGUUCAUCACAGUUCAACUUCAUAGCUACUUAAAUUUAAGUUUGUAAAGCCAAGGUUACAGGUGCAUGAAAUUCACAGUUUUUGAGUUUGCUGUUCAGUGUUCACAUAUUUUGAUUUUCUUUUGCUCUUUUUCUUUGCCCUACUCCCUCUCUAUGUCUUCCUCUCCCUUUCAAUCUAAAGGAGUCGAUGCCAUUUGAGAUACCUGUUGCCUCUACACAUUAGUUUCCUCAAGACCUAGAACAUUAACUAGUAGCAAAAUACAGGGAAAAAAAGAUCAUGGAGGAAAAGGUCAAUGAACGCAGAGACAUCCCACAUUCUCAGACACUUUGAUUGCGGUUCUCUUGGAUUUACUUUAUGAAUAGCUUGUAAAUGGCAUAGGGUUGGUAUUACCUUGAUUUUAUUCGCUCUGGGGUUGCUUGUAUUUCUAUGGCCCUCUGGGGUUGGUGGAUUGCGAAAGUCAAUCGCACAGAGGCCUUCUUUGUUGA